CCGGUGAACCACACUUCCUGUGGAAGUUCCAGGGCAGCCAAUUUAAUUUUUGUUUUCUUGACAAUUUUAUUAAACCGUUCACAGGCAUAAAAUAUUAAUUGAGGAAUCUUGAGUGUUAUCUGUUCAGCGGGUUCGCUGUAACUGUAACGCCAAACAUGGAUAUCCCGAAUCCCCCCGAAGAUCAAGAACUGAGGAAUGUCAUUGACAAGCUGGCUCAGUUCGUUGCUCGAAAUGGGCCAGAGUUUGAGAAGAUGACAAUGGAGAAACAGAAGGACAACCCUAAAUUCUCCUUUCUCUUUGGGGGGGACUACUUCAGCUACUACAAAUGCAAGCUUGCUAUGGAGCAACAGCAGCAUCCCUCUACCCAUGACGGGGAGGAAUAUAAUUCUGAAGACAUGUACAACCCUGGUGCUAAGGAUGUGGUUGAUAUCCCUCCUCCAUCAAUGCCAGUAAUUGCCCCACCUUCAAUUCCUCCACCAUCUGGGCCCUCUAUUGAUGAGCUUGUUCAACAGAGCCAAUGGAAUCUGCAGCAGCAGGAGCAGCACCUUCACACUCUCAGACAGGAACAAGUGACUGCAGCCAUAGCUCUUGCUAUGGAGCAGCAGACCCAAAAACUCCUGUUGGAAACUCAGUUAGACAUCACUGAGUUUGACAAUCUAUUGCAGCCCAUCAUUGACACCUGCACCAAAGACGCUAUCUCUGCUGGCAAGAACUGGAUGUUUAACAAUGCCAAGACUCCACAGCACUGUGAACUGAUGACAUCACAUCUUCGCAACCGCAUCACUGUUGAUGGAGCACAUUUUGAGCUUCGCUUGCAUCUGAUCUAUUUAAUGAAUGAUGUCCUCCACCACUGCCAAAGGAAGCAGCAGAAGGACUUGUUGGCAGCCCUACAGAAAGUUGUUGUUCCCAUCUACUGCACCAGCUUUCUGGCAGUAGAGGAGGAGAAGCAGCAGAAGAUCACAAGGCUGUUACAGCUUUGGGAGAAGAAUGGGUACUUUGAUGAGGAGACCAUUCAACAGCUCCAGAAUCCAGCACUGGGACUUGGCCAAUACCAAGCCUCUCUGAUAACGGAGUAUGCAGGGGUGGUACAGCCAAUCCAGCUGGCCUUCCAGCAGCAGAUUGCAGCUUUGAAGACUCAGCAUGAAGAGUUUGUUACCAGCCUAAAGCAGCAGCAGCAGCUGCAGCCUGCUCCUGUAGCACCACUAGCUGCCCCUGCUGAGCCUGAAAAAGCUCCACCUAUGACCACACAAGCUGGUGAUGUGAAGCCUCCCAUGUCAGGUCCUCCUCCUGGGGAGUUUGAUGGAACGCCAUCCAGACCACAGGAUUCGAGCAACCCCAGUGGACCCUCAGAGAUCCCCUCCAACAAGCCUGCAUGGUUUGACCCUCAGCACAUGGGCCCCUGGAACCCUAACCAGCCACCUCCUUUCGACCCUAAUCAGCCUCCUCCUCCUUGCCCUCCUUGGAACAGCCAUGAAGGAAUGUGGAAUGACCAGAGGGAUCCUGGGAGCUGGAGUGGGGCUCCACCCAGAGAAGGAGGCCCAUGGAGUGGUCCAGGUGGCCCUGACCAAGGCCCUCCAUCUUGGAACUCAUUUGACCAGCAGCCACCUUGGGGGAACCAGCCUGAUCAACCUCCAUGGGGCCAAAGGGAGCCUCCUUUUCCUCCACGCAUGCAGAGACCUCCACAUUUCAGGGGACCUUUCCCUCCGCACCAGCAGCCACCUCCUUUCAAUCAACCCCCUCCACCCCCACAUAAUUUUGGACGUUUCCCACCACGCUUUAUGCAGGACGACUUUCCACCUAGACACCACUAUGACAGACCACCAUACACCCCACACCGCUUUGACUACGCUCAGGGAGAUUUUCCUGGAGAAAUGCCAGGUCCUCCUCCACAUCACCAUCCCAAUCAGAGGCUUCCUCCACCAGGUAUGGGGGCUGAACAUCCACCCUGGGGUGGAGGGCAGCAUCCAGAUUUUGGCCCUCCCCCACAUGGUUUCAAUGGUCACUCACCUCACAUGCGCCAUCGCCAUCAUCCAGUACAAGAUGACCCAAGUCUGGUGCCGAAUGUACCCUACUUUGACCUGCCUGCUGGUCUCAUGGCUCCAUUAGUCAAACUUGAAGACUGUGAUUAUAAACCUUUGGACCCAAAAGACAUCCGGUUGCCUCCUCCGAUGCCACCUAGUGAUCGGCUGCUAGCUGCUGUUGAAGCUUUCUACAGUCCUCCAUCCCAUGAUCGACCUAGAAACAGUGAAGGAUGGGAGCAGAAUGGCCUUUAUGAGUUCUUCAGGGCCAAGAUGAGAGCCAGGAGGAAAAAGGGACAGGAGAAACACAACAGUGCUCGUGGAGGCAGUCGCUCCAGGAGUCACUCUCGUAGCAGAGGAAGGUCUUCUUCACGCUCAAGCUCUCGCUCUUCAAAGUCCUCAAGGUCCAGGUCCCACUCAUCUCGUUCCCGUUCUCGCAGCCGUUCUCGCUCUUACUCGAGAUCAAGAUCAAGGAGUAGAUCCAGGUCAUCUCGAAGUCAGUCUCGCUCCAGAUCAAGAUCCCGUUCUCAUUCACCCACCAAGAGACGCCGUGGCCAAAAAUCGCGGAGCUCUUCUCCUCCCUCCACGUCAGUGUUGGGUGCCCCCUCCUCCAAAAUGUCUACAGAUAACAGGCUAGGGGAGGAAAACAAAGGCCACCAGCUCCUGAUGAAGAUGGGCUGGAGUGGCUCAGGUGGUUUGGGGGCCAAAGAACAGGGCAUCCAGGACCCCAUCAAAGGAGGAGACGUCAGGGAUAAAUGGGACCAGUACAAAGGUGUGGGCGUGUCACUGGACGACCCUUAUGAGAACUAUCGCAGGAACAAGAGUUACAACUUUGUUGCCCGCAUGAAGGCAAGAGAGGAAGUCAAUCGUGAACCUCAGGAAGCCCCUCCAACCGACUGAGUUCAUCGAAUCGCAUUGAACAGUUUCCUCAUGUUCCAUUUGCAAAAAUAUAGACUUCACUGUACAGUGCCCUUCUAAGAUUUUAUUCUGCAGUCCCAAUACUUUCUCUGUAACCCAGUACCAAGUAACUGAAAACCAACAAUGUUAAAUUUGACCACACAUGAAAAGCUGGAGGGCACUAAGGUUCAACACUCUGGGUGUGCUUGUCACAUCACAAAGAACUGUCUGUGGAUGAAGAAGUGAGCACUAACACUAGUAACAGUUAGGAUUUUGAAUGUGUAAUUUAGCAGUUUUGAAAAGUCCAACAAUAAACAUUAGGGGUGUAACAGGGUUUGUUUUCAUGGGUCAUGGUUCGGUACAUGUAGUCACGUGAUAAAAACGUAGUCACCAUAAAAACAAUCAAUCACAUAUGAGAGCAUUUACCCGCAGUAACACGUACAAGUGUUUGCUCACCACUAUUAAACAACCAAUGAAGAAGAGGAAAAAGCAGGUGCAACAAAACAGAGAAAGAAAUGCAAGCUUCAGUGGUAAGAGCAAGCAGAGCAACGUCAGCCUGAAAGCUUCUCUCCUCUGCAUGUACGUGCUGUUUUUAAAAAGCCUCGGAUGUGAAAGAGAGAGCUGGAAGACAUUAAUGAUGUUUAUACAUUUUCAAGACGGGAUGUGCAGAAGUAGUCAACACCAGCUGCAAGUGUGUAUUUAAGUGCUCUGCUCAGGCUCUGUUACAACAUCCCACCCUAUGGUUACAUACACUAGUUUGUGGUCUACUCUUGCAAUAAUAUCCUUUGUACCAGGUAUUUAUUGACAACUAUGUGAUGUGCUCACAGUAGAAUCAUAAAUAUGAUGCAUUUCUCUAGAAUGCACAUUUUAAUUUGCCCUUUUAACAAAUGUAUUUUACAUGUCAAAAAAUACAUUGGACUAAUCAUUUCUGUUGAAUUAUAUUUUGCAUUUUUCCUCUUUUUCUGUCACUUUGAAUACACCACAGGUUAUACCAACAAUCAGAGGUAGUUCAAAAUAGCAGUAGAUGAAAAAAAAGGAAGCUGCACUUUUGACAGUUAAAAGAAAUAAGGGAAACCUAAUCAUUCAGGGACUUUUUGGUCCUUUUUACAGAUGAACCGUGCCUGUUCCGAACCGUGACCCAAAAACCAAGGUACAAACCUAGCAGUACCUCUGUGAACUGUUACUACAUGGAUAGCAUCAUUCAUUAUUCAGCCCCAGUGUUUUGUAUUUAAGUACCUUGAAAGCCGGUUAGACCUUUUUCAGUGUCGAGACUCAUAAAGUAGAUCUGACUUGGACUUUAUGUGACAAAAAAGAGGUGGAGAAAUUUAUCAACUAUUGUGAGGAAAUAAACUAAAAUGUGCGAAGUGUCAAGGCAGUCCACAGAUGAUCAGGGUAUUAUGCAAAAUUAUUUCAGUCUUGGCUUUACACAUUUGUUUUCACUCUCAAAGGUCAGUCUGUUUAAAGUAGAAAAACUAAAUUUGUUUGGCCUUGAUGGUAUAACUCAUAAAAUUGCUUGUUGGAGAUUUUCAUUGCAAUUUUAUUUUUAAGAAUUAUCUUAGUUUGAUGAGAGUAUUGAUAAUCGCUUACUGUGGAUGAUGGGAAGAUUUUCAAUAACUCAAAACUGAGGGCGGGCGGGGGGAUUUUUAAUUGUGUAAACUCACCCGUCUUGAUCUUGUUUGUUUUGGCUGCUGAAUAUUGUGAUACUUUUUCAUGUCAUGACUUAUUCUAUGGAAAAAUAUUGGUCAUUUAGUUGUAGUAUUAAAAUAAAUCCUACAAAACAAAGUAUGACAAUGAAAUCAGUCGCAUUUUCCACACAAAUACACUGUCACAGCCUUAAGAUAAAGAACAGCGAUUUACCCUUUUUCAUGUUGAUAUCAUGAGA